GGCCUCCAUGGGCUUAUGUAUAAAGGCCUCUGGGGCUCGUCCCUGACAGAGCCCAGAGCCUGCAGACCCACCUAGACCCUCUGCUGAGCCUGCUGCCCAGAGCCCCAUGGAGCUGAUAGGUGAGUGUCCUGGCCCAGGAUGGCAGAGCGGCCUGCCCUGGGCAUGGGAGGGAGGCUGGAGUGGCAGAGGGGCUUGGAGUCUCUGGGCCCCCAGAAAGGGACCCAGGUGAGAGCGGAUGGCAUGUCUCCUGAGCCUCCGCCUGCUCCCAGUCCUGCAGCUGCUGCUCUGGCACAGUGCACUCUGGACCGUGCAAGAAGCCGCCCCCCUGGCCCCUGCCAGCUCCCUGCCCCAGAGCUUCCUGCUUAAGUGUUUAGAGCAAGUGAGGAAGAUCCAGGCUGAUGGCGCAGCGCUGCAGGAGAGGCUGGUGAGUGAGGGAGGCUGGCGGUGUGCCACCCACAAGCUGUGCCACCCUGAGGAGCUCAUGCUGCUGGGGCAUGCUCUGGGCAUCCCCCAGGCUCUCCUGAGCAGCUGCUCCAGCCAGACCCUGCAGCUGACGGACUGCCUGAGCCAACUCCACAGCGGCCUCCUCCUCUACCAGGGCCUCCUGCAGGCCCUGGCAGGGAUCUCCCCCGAGUUAGCCCCCACCUUGGACAUGCUGCAGCUGGAUGUCACCGACUUUGCCACCAACAUCUGGCAGCAGAUGGAAGACCUGGGGGUGGCCCCUGCGGUGCAGCCCACCCAUGGCACCAUUCCUACCUUCACUUCGGCCUUCCAGCGCCGGGCAGGAGGGGUCCUGGUUGCCUCCAACUUGCAGAGCUUCCUGGAGCUGGCGUACCGCGUUCUGCGCUACCUGGCAGAGCCCUGAGCAAAACCCUGCCCAUCCAGUGUAUUUAUCUCUAUUUAAUAUUUAUGCUUAUUUAAACUUAAUAUUUAAAGACAGGGAAGAGCGGAAAGGAGCCCUAGACUCCUGGGUCCUUCCCUCCACUUCC